UCAUGAAGAUGAUUUAAUGAAAUUAUUUUUAUUUAAUUAAAAGUUGUAAGUAAAGUUCGUUUAUGUGCAUCACAAGUAUUGUUAAGCUGUUUUUAAGAUGAAGAUUAAUUGAAUUUAAGUAAAUUCAGUCAAAACGAUGUUCGUUUUAACAGAUAAUAAUAACGAAACUGAAUUUAAAAAAUAUUGGAACAAUUCAAAAACGACAGGAGCGCAAGAAGAAGAAAUUGUUGAUCUGGAAAAUGAUGAGUGAUGCAUGCACGGGAACUAGGAACUGUUGUUAGGAAGAAGAAUGAAUGAUGCAUGUUGGGAGAUCAGGAGAUGCUCCGUCGAGAUCUCAGCAGCCAUCUGAUAUCGCAGACAACGUCAACCACAACAACAACAACAACGAUGACAAUAACAACGACGACGACGACAACAACAACAAUAUAAAUAAUAAUAACAUCAAUAUAGCCAACGAUCAACAAAAUAAUAACAACGAUCUCAUUAAUGCACUGGAAAACAAGUUUGAUGACAAGGAUAAAACUCAUGAAGGUAUUUACAACGAUUUGUUUGACAAUUUCAAAUCCGACAACAGUACAACAAUUCCAGACAACGAUAGCAAGGGUAUAGCAAACCACAAGAGACCAAAUAGUUUCAACACACAUACAGUAAACAGCAUUGAGCCUCUUUGCACGACAAAUGAACUUGCAACAAAUUUCACAACCGGCGACGUUUUAGAUAGCAACACUGAAAAAAGUCACACUAACGUAGACCAGACAAAAAGAGAAAAUUUAAAGAAAAACGACUUUUAUCAUUUUAAAACUGCAACAGAAUUAUUUCAAUCUAAUUUUUUGUCUGAAAGUAGUUGCUGCUUGACUAAAACAACAAGCUCUCUGAGACCUAGUCACUCGGUUGAUUUUUUAUCAUUUGUCUGCCGACAGCAUCUUCUGCUGCAGCAACAAAAGUACAAAAUUUUAUUCCCAGACAAUCAGCAAACUAUUAAAAAAUUAACUGGGAAGAAAAUUAGUAGUAGCCUACAAAACAAAGUUGAAAGAACCGCAAACAGCAACACCCCAAUUUCUAAAGAAAUACCAAAAACCAAGAAAACACGGUCUGAUUCACUGCUAUUGUGCAACAAAAAAAAUUCACUAGAUACCGAAUCAUUUAUAUUCAAAUCUGACAAAGAUUUUAAAAUCCUCCAAACACCUGCGGGUAUUUGCGAAAAAGAUUCAAUUGAAAAAGAUAUUUCUAAACAAUCUAAUCAAGACACUGAAUCAAUUACAUCAGCUGUAGAUAUGCCAGUAUCAUACUGCUACAUCAGACCCAGCGGAAGUUACGUAAGCGUUAGAAACUCCAAACGUUCAUCAUCUCGACGCAGGAAGUCUUCCGCAGUCUUGUCUCCUUCCUCUUCCUUCACGAGCUUUGACGAAUCGCUUGCAUCCAUCUUGGAUCCACUUUACAGACGCAGCCGCCACAGCAGUCAGAAGCGAUCGUCGAGCGGUGGAAACAAAAGAAUGGAAUUUGCCGUGAAGAGUGCGUUCGCAAUGACAAUGUUCAGUUUAAUGGCCGGAGUGGUUUUGACCGUUUGUGGUUUUGUGAAAUUGGAAGGUUGGACGGAUGAACAACAACUGCCCAUGAAAAUAUUGGGUCCGACCUGUUUAACUUCAACUUUUGUCGUGUGGGGUGUCGGUGGUUUGUUUCUUUAUUUGUGGCGCAGUGAGUGGAAGAGAGAGAAGCAGGCGAUGGAUUUGAAGACGAGAGUACAAUUUCACGCCAUAGCUGUGGACCUUCUUAAAAAAUCCACCUCAAACAUAGGAUCACCAUCAAAUGCCAGCAUUCUACAAUCUGAACGAAAGCGAAGAAGAAAGCUGAUAACGAAAUUGAAACAGCAAGAAGUUUUGGAGAUAAGCUACUUUCUCGCAGUUUCUGACUAA